AUGACGACGAAUAAUAGUGUCCUUCCUUCAACAUCAAAUGCCUCGCUGUCUUCCCUCUUCAAUAAGGGGAAAAAAAUUACGGGCUUGUCAAGAAUUUUUCCAAAUGAAAGCCCACCACAUCCAAAACGAUCGGAAUUAAGUAAUCAUACUGGAGGAUCAAAAACAAUUAGAACAAACUCAGUGCCUUCAGUAGACCAAGGUGAAUCUAAAACUGAAAAUAAAAUGAAAAUACCAGCGUCGCAUGACUCAACGAAACACGACGAUAAUGCCAUCGAACCUAUAAUACAUAAUCCCUCAUCCCAUCAUCUUCAUAAUCCUUUAAACUAUACCUACAAUACAACAGUACUAUAUGAUAAUAUACCUGCAAAAUCAGGACAGUCCACAUCUCACAAUAGAGCAGUAUUUACGCGAGAACAGUCACAUUUACACCCAGUCGAAAUACUCCAACAACGUAUAGAACAUCAAAGCAAUUUCAAAACUAAUAACGAAAAAAAUGAAAAAAUAUUAAGUCAUAAUCAAUAUAAUAAUGUGAGUGAUUCAGAUUCAGCUAAAAGAAAAAAAAAUACUCUAAAACUAACAAGGUUUUUCAAGAAACUUCAUGAAGAAGUGAAGUCUGCAACACCACCGUCGCAAAACAGUCGACAUCAAGAUUCCAAUAAUGACACCUACGCUCAUAAUUCCACUUUGCAGGAAGAUAAUAGCAUUUCUAGUACUACGGAUAGCAAUAGCUGUAAUAUUGACAAUUCGAAAUCGAUUUACGACACAGAUGACCCAAAACAAUUAUUAGAAAAAUACGGAGUUCCAGGGAAAAAACUCGGUGAGGGCGCAACCGGAUCAGUUUCGAUAGUAAAAGGAUCUGAUGGAAAGGUUUUUGCAGUCAAAAUGUUUCGAUUAGCAGCUGUCGGCAAUUCCUUAACGUAUUCGAAAAAAAUCACAACCGAAUUUUGCAUUGGGUCAACUUUACAUCAUGAAAAUAUUAUUGAAACCUUUGACUUACUAAAAGAAGGCGAGAGCUUCCUAGUUAUAAUGGAGUAUGCACCCUAUGAUUUUUUUAACCUUGUCAUGAGUGACUUAAUGUCAACGAAGGAAAUAUCUUGCUAUUUUAAACAACUAUGUAAUGGUGUCCAUUAUUUACAUUCGAUGGGCAUCGCUCAUAGGGACUUAAAAUUAGAUAAUUGUGUUGUCACAACAAAAGGUAUUCUAAAACUAAUAGAUUUUGGGAGUGCAGUGAUAUUCCAAUACCCUUAUGAAGAUAGAAUAAUAAAGGCACAAGGUAUAGUGGGAUCAGAUCCGUAUUUGGCCCCAGAAUUGCUAGAACUAAAUUCAUAUGACCCAAGGCCAGUUGAUGUAUGGUCGUUAGCAAUUAUGUAUUAUUGCAUGAUUCUAAGAAGGUUUCCCUGGAAAGCACCAAGAAAGAGUUUCAAUUCUUUUAGAUUAUUUUGCGAGGAUCCUGAUGAUGAAGAAGAUAUUGCGAAAGGCCCUAAACGCCUUCUUCAAUUACUCCCUUCCAAAGCCAGGAAUCUCAUAAACAGGAUGAUGGAGUUAGAUUACAAGAAACGUAUCUUGAUGGAUGAAGUGGUUAAAGAUGAAUGGCUUGAAAGUAUCAAUCAAUGUCGCGUUGAUAAAGGUAAUAAUUUGGUUGAAAAACCAAAACAACACAAACAUCAUCUGGUAACUGAAGAUGAUAUUGAAAGAAUUACUAAAGAGAAGGAAGAAAAACAAAAGCGAAAGGAAGAAAGUACAAAAGAGUUGAAAAAGCAAUUGCUUAUGGAUAUAUAA